AUGUUGCAACCACGUUUAUUACCAAAAGUCUUGGAACAAAUCAACACGGAUGGAAUUAAAACAACAAUACUGUGUAAUGUUAACGGAUCAUUAAUUAGUUCAGCAUCAACGACAAAUACAACAUCAGCCAACAGCAGCGAACAACAAUUAACCUAUCAACAACAUCUUCUUCCAUCACAACUUAAACAUUUGGAUAAAUUGGUUGCUGCUAUUGCUGCCAAUAUGUGGUACUCUUAUCAAAAAGCUGGUAAAACAGCCUUCUCACCAUCUCCUAUUGAAUAUGAUGAAAACGGAAAUGUUAUUGAACAAGAACCACAAGAUCAAGAGGAUCAAUUGCCACCACAAGAAUUAAAAUGUCUAUUGGCUGAUUGUGAAUAUGGAAGAAUGGCCAUCACUGGAGUGAGUAGAAAUGUCGUCUUGUGUGUUUGUGCAGAAAAGAAUGUACCUUUUGGAUUGUUGAACAAAAAGACAACUGUUUUGAGAGAAUAUCUGUCGGAACCUUUCAAGAUUAUUGAUGAAGCAAUUGAGGAGGAAGAGGAAGAAGAAUUUUAA